CCCCGAUAAUGUAAGUGAGACUGGACACUACUUUAGACCGAGUGUCCUAACCGCGAGUCUUUUGCCUUCCCACACCUCUGUGCCUCGCCUUAAGCUGAAUGCCCAACCCCAGAUGCCCACUUGUGAGGUUACUAGUUUAUUGGCUUUCCGAGGUGGGACCCAUCUGAUUCUCAAUACGACCUCAUCGGGCAUUUCAUAUACUUGUAAUCCAGCCCAGCUGUUUUCAGGGCAACUCCUGCGUCCAAUAAAAACAAACAAAAAUCCUACAGAAUCCAUGUCUCUUUUGGGAAUGCUACAUCCGGAGUGCAUACCGGACCACGACAGCUUAGCUGACGUUUUUGUGCAGGUUAUUUCACAGUUUCAUGACCUUGUCCAGUAGAAGGCUACUUUCUUGUUACAACUGCUCAAGCUUUGACAUACAAGAUGAAGCAAGAUGCCACAAGGAAUGCAGCCUACACAGUGGAUUGUGAAGAUUAUGUGCAUGUGGUAGAAUUUAAUCCCUUUGACAGUGGAGAUUCGGGAAACCUAAUUGCAUAUGGUGGCAAUAAUUACGUGGUCAUUGGCACAUGUACAUUUCAGGAGGAAGAAGCAGACCUUGAAGGCCUUCAGUAUAAAACACUACAAACAAUUCACCAUGGAAUCAGGGUUGGUGGCAUAGCUUGGAGCCCAGAGACUAAACUUGAUUCACUUCCUCCAGUAAUCAAAUUUUGUACUUCAGCUGCUGAUAUGAAAAUUAGAUUGUUUACGUCAGAUCUUCAAGAUAAAAAUGAAUACAAGGUUUUAGAGGGCCAUUCAGAUUUCAUUAAUGGUUUGGUGUUUGACCCCAAAGAAGGCCACGGAAUUGCAAGUGUGAGUGAUGAUCAUACCUGCAGGAUUUGGAACUUGGAGGGAGUACAGACAUCUCAUUUUGCUCUUAAUUCCCCUGGAAUGAGUGUGUGCUGGCAUCCUGAGGAAUCUUUUAAGCUGAUGGUUGCAGAGAAGAAUGGAACAAUCCGAUUUUAUGAUCUUAUGUCCCAACAGGCUAUUUUAUCUCUUGAAUCAGAACAGAUACCAUUAAUGUCAGCACACUGGUGUUUAAAAAACACCUUCAAAGUUGGAGCUGUUGCAGGGAAUGAUUGGUUAAUUUGGGAUAUUACUCGAUCCAGUUACCCUCAAGUGAAGAGACCUGUCCACAUGGAUCGAGCCUGCAUAUUUAGGUGGUCCACAAUUAAUGAAAAUUUGUUUGCAACCACUGUUUAUCCUGGCAAAAUGGCAAGCCAGUUUCAAAUUCAUCAUUUAGGACACCCUCAGCCCAUCCUCCUUGGUUCAGUAGUCGUUGGAUCUGGCCUUUCCUGGCAUAGAACUCUCCCACUAUGUGCAGUUGGAGGUGACCACAAGCUGUUGUUUUGGGUAACUGAAAUGUGAAAUAAAUUUUUGUCUAGCUUGGAUCCAUAA